AUGGCAGGACGUGGAACCCGCCGCCACUCUCCCAACCACCCGCUCUCCAUCGUGCUACUUUUCACUCCUUACCCGCCUUCCGCCUUUCGCCGUGCCCCCCCUCUCCGCUCUGAUUUCAUGAGAGAGCGGCUGAUCUGCCGAGUCGCCCCACCCCUGAGUUGGGAAGUUAAAUACGCACGCCUCUUUGACACUUAUCAUCCUUCCUCCAGUUUUAUUCCCGCCCCCCUCAAUCCGUCCCUCAUGGCCCCCCCGACUCACAAUCCGGACGACGAAAUGUCCCUCGUUGACGAGGACCUCCAGCUCGACGGUGAGGAGCUCCAUCUCGACGAGCUCCCUGCCAUCACUCUUGCUCCCUCUCCCGCAGCUGACGAGACCCCGGCGGCAAAAAAGGUUUGCGUGGGGGCCCCUCCGUCUGCGCCUGGCCCCUCGGCACCAGCUAACAAUGUCCCUGUGGUUUUUGCUCCCGCCCCGACCGGCGCCGCGUCUGGCUCCCCUGCGGGCGUCCGUUUCUCUGCAAUCGCUGCUCCUUCUACGCCCUCUGUUCUAAACAGGCCCCCCAGCCCGACUACCCCCCUGGCUAGCGCCUCUCAGGGAGCUGGCAUCGUCUUGACGGCCCACGCUCCUGCUCCCGCGCCGACCCGCAACCUGCGUCGUCCGAGGCCCGGCCCUGUCAUGCCCCACCACCGCCUUGCAGUUGUCUCGCUGCUCAUGCCCGAGGCGGGCGCUGACGCCAUCCGCGCCGACCUCAUCGCUCGUAUCACCGCCAUGCUGAAGCCGCACUUUUUCCGCCGCGGUUCUGUCCCAGAGUUUGAAGUUGCCACCGGCGAGGCGCUCCGGGUCCCGCGCCGUGCCUACGCACGGCUCUGCUUCUCUUGGCCGACGGAGGAGGAGGCCGAUGACUUUAAGCGACUCUUCCCCCGUUCCAUCUCUCUGAAUUCCUCCCGCUCUGUGCUUCUGAAGGUGUUUGAGGACCGUAACCCGGGCUUCACAGCUGCCAAAGCCGGGGGAGCUGCCACGCUGUCGCUCCGUAACAUUCCCCCGGGGUACACCCCGGAGGAUGUCCACGAUUUUCUGCUGAACGGUGCGGAUCCGUCCGAACCGGGCUGGCUCGCGGAUCUUCAGUUCUUUCAUCGCACGACCGAUCCGUACGAGGAGGUGUUCCUGCCCGUUUUCACCGGCAUCCCUCUCCCCCUCCCGGAUGACCCGUCGUUCUCCCGCAUCCCGGCGGUCAUCCCGUUUGAGGACGGCUCCCCUCCUGCCCUGCUCAAUGUUUCCACCCACGUGUGUGCCUUCUGCGGGAACAAGCAUCGUGACUCCGAUCACGAGACGUUCGCUUUCAAGCGCAAGCAGCGCCUGAACAACAAGGCUCAUAUCUGUGUUGCUCAGUUGCAGCAGACCAACGUCUUGCAAUCGUUUCUUUUCCCCUGGCCACUUUGCUCUGCUCUGCGAUCGACAUGCUCCGUCCUUUCGACCCCCUCCUUGCUAUCUUCUGCCCCUAUACUGCUCCCCCUUGCCCCCUCCCCCCCCCUUUCCCCCCUUGCUCUCGAGGACUUCCAUCCUCUGGUCUCUGCUGGCCUUUCCCCUGUGUCCCCCGUUGCGAACCUCUCCAACCCAUUCUCCCCUCCCCUUACAUCCCCCCCCCCUUUCAUCGCCUUCCACCGCCCCCUUCUGUACAACCCCCCUCUGCCCCCUCCCGGGCCGCCCCCCCUGUACCUCACUGCCUUACGCUUACAUGGCUUCACUGUCUCACCCUCCUUGCGCCCUUCCUCCCUCGAUUUGCCUCUUCGCUACCUCCCCUUUCCCGCCCCGUUCUCCUUGCACUUCCCCCAUGGGCCUGCCCCCUCACUUUACACCCGCAACUCCAGCCCCUCUCUGCCUCCCUCGCUCGUGAUCACCUUCUGGCCUCUGGAUUUGGCAUGCUUUCCUCCUGUGCCCCCCACUGCCCUCUCCUCCCAUGCCUCCCCUUCCCCCCCCCUCUUCGCAAUCAGGCUGCCUCUGACUCCUCAACCGCGGCCCUCCCUGACAGGCCUCUCUUUCCACACUCCCCCAAUACGCCCCUGCCCUGGCCCACGGCUCCCCUCUGUCACCUAUGCCCGCGCCUCUCCCUCACACAGGGCACCCCCGCCCUUUUGCUUUGGCUUAACUCACUUCUGUUCCCCCUCCGGGUCUGUCCCGUUUUCCUCCCCCCCUGCUUUCCCCAUGGCGGCCUUCUGGCCGCCCAUGCUUCGGCCCAUGGCCACUCUUACCUUCAUCGGCAGAACUUCAGUCCCCUCUGCCUCCCCCCAUUCUCUCUUUCUCCCCCUUGUUCCCCCCCCGCCAUCUCGCCUGCUCCCCAUCCAUACCGCCCCUCCUCUUCCCAGGCGCACACCUCCAACCUGCGCGCAGCUGCCAAGGGCCCCUGCUGCGAAGGAAAAGUACAGCAACUGGAGGGCCCUUACGUUCCUGGAUAUCCCCUAG